CCCCUCUCUUUUUCCUGGCCGAGGGCAUCCACUUCACGUCAGGGGUCGCUGACUACCGACGAGCACAGCCCAUUACAGUACAUGCGAUGCACGGCCCAGAAACCCAAGGACCAAGUUGCGGGUUGCGUCGACGCCGAAAUCGCCAAGCUCCCUUGGCUCCCCUACUACGCCUACACUUGGGGCGGCCAAUCCCAGUGCGAGGACCUCGCGUCCAUCUUCAUCUCCAUCACCUUUGACAUCCUCGCCCUCGUCUGCCACGCCAUCGGAACCAUCUACCUCGCGCGGCGCAAGGGCGAGCCCCCGCCGAGCUUCUCCUUUGUUAGCAUGUGGGGGAUGGUGCUCACCGGGUUCUGCAAACCCAUUGCCGAGGGGUUCCUUCUCAACGCCAUGUCUCCGGCCCCGGGCUUUUCAAUGGGGCCCUACUUGCUGCCGUUCCUACGGCCCACCGGCUUCGCCCUGGCCGCCUUUAUCAGCGGCGUCUGGGGGUCGCGCGGCUGGGGCUUGAUGUAUCUCUUCAUGGAUGGUGUUGUGACGAUGCUCACCUUUUUCGCCUUCAACCUGCGGAUCGACAUCUGGAAGGGCCCCGCGGUAGUCCCAAGCCUCGGCAGCAUUGUCACCGCCGGAUCGUUGCCACCGCCGCAGCUGCCGACCGUGUAUGGUGGACUGUUUGUCGCGACGCUGCCCGGAGCGCUCUUCGUUGCCGCGUACUUCCUGGCGGGGCUGUGGCCAACCAUGGUGUUGGUUGGAUGCUGCACCAAAACCUGGAGCCUGGUCAAGCUGGGGUUUGCGAUUUGGCUGACGUGGGUAUGCUUCUUUCUCAUGAUAUUCACAAGCCCGUUCCUCGCCAUCUGGGAGAUGGUGUGGAAGAAAUGCAGCAGCAAGGAAAAAAGGUUCGGGCGGUUCCCGGCAGUGGGGUGGUACGCCAAAUGGUUUCGAUCGUCCGAGCAUCCCAGGCUGAGACUUGUCGGCGUUUAUGGUUACUUGCUGUGGGUUUCUCUCCAGUUCGCCGUCUUUGUCGGGCGGUGGAUGGUGUUGGCAAACCUACUGCCCCUGGCCGGUGAUGCCUGGUGUCCGGGAUUGCUCCGGGACAUCGAGGCUGGGAGCGCCCUCAGCACAAUUUUUCUGGUUGCCGGACUCUUGGGUCUGAAGAGCCUGAACCUCACUCUGUGAUGCCUAGGUAUCAUUUCAAAUACCCCAUGCAUCAUCUCGAGUGCGAGUUGCCGCUUCAGGCCUAGGGGUAAGGCAGUUUUCCUCCCAACACAGGCUGAACGGCGCACACAGCAAGAACAGAAACACCGCUCUCCGUGUUUGA